GGAUUAUACAAUAGACGAUACAGUACAAUUUUAUGGUGUCAUAAAAAACGCUAGACAUGUAGUGAGGUUGAUGAGAGCAAUUAAUAUCAAAAAUACUGUAGUAUGUUUUAUUCACGAACAAGGCAUGAUGUUAUCCGUUGAAGACUCGCGUUCUGUCAAAGCCAUGGCUUAUUUAAAGCUUCAUUUGUUUCACGAGUUUAGGCUGAAAGAAGCUGAUGUAUCACUUUUUGCUUUACCUAUUGACUCCUUUAUCAACUGUCUUCAAGUGACUGUGCCACAAAGCUCAGAUAAUGAGUUUGCUGUGCGAGCAAAUGAUGAUUACUGUGAAAUAAGCUAUGAUGGCACAGGCUCUUAUCUAUCAUUAAGACGGCACAUCAGUAACAAAGCAAAUUUACCGCAAACAAUUCAUUGUGAAUUAAUUCCAUAUGAGCCGGAUGAAGAGAGUCCAGAAUUACAGAUUGGGGAUUCUACGGAAGAAGUGCCACAGAGAAUGAUUAUCAAAUCUGAUUGGUUUAGUGAAUUGAUGAAUGAUUUAGAUUCUAGAUACAACAAGAUCACACUCACUAUAUCGCCACAUAAUACAGCAUUUCAAGUCAUAGCAGAAGGAUCUGAUCUUUUAACUGAAUCAGAUUAUCCUGAAGAUUCCGAACCAUUUAUUAGCUUUACUUGCACAAAAGAGUUAUCAUUUAGUUAUCUUUAUUCACACCUUGUGCAGUGCAAGAAAGCGUUGGAUAUUUCUUAUGAGGUUUCAAUUGAAAUGUUUGAUUCCGGAGCUCUUAGAUUAUACGUAAGUUAAAUUCUUAUAAACUCAUGAAGACUUAACAUUAUUUUAGUUUGAAGUCGAAGCACCCAUGAAUCAAAAAGACACUAUUCAGUUUAAUUUCCUUCCAUCAACAAACUUUUCCUAAAAAGUAAAUUAAGUUGAGAUUGAAUUUGACAUAAUGGAUCUGCUCUUUUUAUACUAGCAUAAUAAAGUCACAUCUUCCCUUAUCC